GCUGGUGAAGGAAGACGGGAAGUGCGCCGCCAGUGGCAGGACAGGGACGGGACAAGGACUCUGCACACUCCCAAUUUGGUGUAUGUGGUCGGAGAAGAGUCCAGGUCUUCUGUACCUAGCAGAGCAAGGUGCCAAUAGGGUUCACGCGCUGCCAUGGGCAGCCGAGAUCACUUGUUCAAAGUGCUGGUGGUGGGGGACGCCGCCGUGGGCAAGACGUCACUGGUCCAGCGCUACUCCCAGGACAGCUUCAGCAAGCACUACAAGUCCACCGUGGGAGUGGAUUUUGCUCUGAAGGUUCUCCAGUGGUCUGACUCAGAGAUGGUGCGGCUUCAACUGUGGGAUAUUGCAGGGCAGGAGCGUUUCACCUCCAUGACGCGACUCUACUACCGAGACGCCUCUGCCUGUGUGAUCAUGUUUGACGUCACCAACGCCACGACUUUCAGCAACAGCCAAAGAUGGAAACAGGAUCUGGACAGCAAGCUCACACUGCCCAGUGGAGAGCCUGUACCCUGCCUGCUCUUGGCCAACAAGAGUGAUCUGUCCCCUUGGGCGGUGAGCCGGGACCAGAUUGACCGGUUCAGUAAAGAGAAUGGUUUCACAGGUUGGACAGAAACAUCAGUCAAGGAGAACAGAAAUAUUAAUGAGGCUAUGAGAGUCCUCGUUGAGAAGAUGAUGAACAAUUCCAGAGAAGAUAUGAUGUCUUUGUCCACCCAAGGGAACUACAUCAAUCUCCAAACCAAGUCCUCCUCUGGCUGGACAUGCUGCUAGGUCCAUGUGGCUCCUUUUCUGUCCAGGUCACUGAACUUUCCCACCCACCUCUUCCUAUUGGCUGCCCACCUGGCAUAAAUGUUCUGUUAAGAACAUUUGAACAGUCUCUUGCCGGCCGCUGCCCUGAAAGGAGGCCAGCUGGGACUUGGGAAGGACUGCCUGGGACUCAUGUGCAUUUUGUUGCUCUUGGACGUUGUCUCUGACUUACUGUUGGCCCAUGUACUCUAGCUAGAGCUUCCUAUGGGAUGGUGAUCAUCUCAUCUCUCAACUUAGCAUGAGUUCAUGGGAAGGAUUAAAAAUUAGCACCUGUGUGUUUGUGGUGCAGGGGAUUAGUCAGGGCCUUGCCCAUGCUGGGCAGGCACAGGGCUACUGAUGUACAUCCUAGCUCUAGCCUCUGGGGUUGAGAAUAAUUCUCAGGGCCAGCAAGGUGGCUCAGUGCAUAAAGGCAUUUGCCACCAAGCCAGAAAACCUGAGUUCAGUCCCUGGGGCCCACGUGUUAGGAGAACUGACUCACACAAGUUUGUCCUGUGACUUACAAACUCAACCAUGGCACACUCACACAUACAAAGUAAAUCUAAAAAGUACAAAUAAAAUGAUCUCAAAGAUA